GUCAACCCAAAGACUUCACCUUUAGAGGCACUGGAAAAAAAAGCAAAAAUUCGAGGACUAAUAACUACUUUAUCAUCUUCUUCUUGUUGUUGGUCUAUGAGAAAGAAGAAAAAGCAAAAACUUGGUCAUUCUUUGUCUCUCACACAAAUCAUAAAAGUAAAUACCUUUUCUCUCAGAUUUCUUUUACUUACUUAUACACUUAUAUGGUCAUGGAUGAUUGUUCUCUCAAUUUGGAAUCUGUUCUUCUAUUGCAAUUAGUAUAAAAAAAGCGUGGUCCCUGUCCUUUUUUUUUUUGUCUGCUUCUUCGUCUGAUCAACGCUUAAUUUAUGGGUCUUUGGAUUCUAUCGAAACUUGGAUAAAAAAAUAUAUAUUUGGUGGUUAUUAACUCUUCUUCGAAACCCCUUUUUGUUGUUUGCUCUCUUUCUUUGUUUUCCUUUUGUGUGUGUUUCAGAAAUCCAGAAAUAAUCCAACUCUUUUGUCGCUCGGCUCGAAGCUUUUGGUUUUUGUUCUGUUUUUCUCAAUCUGGGCACAUCAAUGGGGGAAGAAAGUUUCUAACUUUACAAAGAAGAAGACAGAGUGGUGUGUUUUGAAUUUGAUGAUUGGGUGGUGUUUUCAAGACCCAACAUAUGUUUUGAUGAGGGUUUUGCUUUGUAAGAUCCAGUGCCCUUCUUUCAUCUGUUUCUGUAAGCCUUCUCCUCAUAUCUACGCAUCUGGUUCUCUUAAAUUGGAGAACUCUCCUCCUUCUUCUCAAGUGUCUUCUUCUACUGCUACUACUGUUGUCGAUCAUGAUGAUGAUGAUGCUGCACAUGUAGAAGAAGAAGAGGAAGAAGUUGUUGAUCAUGUGGAUGAUGGUUUGUUGACUGAGGUUGAGGUAAAGAAAGAAGAAGAGGAAGAGGAAGGUCAUGGUAAUGGGGAAAUCUUGAAGAGCAGUCUCAGAAAGGAGGUUUUAGAUUCAGCUGAUGGUGGUGUGAGAAGGGAGAAGAAGAAAGUACAGUGGGUGGAUUUGAUGGGGAAAGAACUUGCUGAGAUCCGAGAAUUCGAGUCUAGCGAAGAAGAAGAUACAAGAUAUGAUGGCGAUCAAAGCUGUGUUUGUGUUAUUCUGUGAUCAAUUCGGCUUAGUUUUACGGAGAGAUAUGGCAAUGGUGAAAAGUGAAGAAGCUUUCUUGAGAAUUGGCUCUGUUCAGUUUGCGGCUUUGGAUUUAGAAUCCAUCUACUACAUUGAGGUACAUAUUGUAGAAUCCACAUUUGGUCAACUGAGGUUUUAUGAUUCUCGAUUCAACGGUUACGGUUUUAGAAUUGUUAAAAGAAUUGCAUUCUGUUACACUUGUUUACUUGACCAGUUAAUGGAUUUAUUUCUUAAUCGGAUUCAAGAAGCUUUUAAAUUUGAAAUCACUAUGUGCAAUUGUGCAUUA